AUUCAAUCACGAAGCAGAAUAUUAUUUAUUGUCUGGUGCUAGUCUAUGAUGGGUUUUGUGUUGUUUUUUCUUAUUAAGAUUUUCAUAUUCAUAUAGUUUAUCUACAUGGAAAAGCGUGAGAAAUUCAGGAUCAUGAAUUCAUGAUUGUGAUCAAAGGAUUGAAUCAUAUUGGUUAUCUGAAAGAAUCGCUGUCUGGGUAGGCGGGCUUAUGCAAAAUCACCACCUACCCCUUUGUCACGGAUUCAUUCACUACGUGGCGCAAGUCCCUUGGAGAAGAUCUUGAUUUUUGAUGUUAUUUUUCUUGAUUGCCUUUUCAAGGUAACAUUUGGUUCCUCAUUAGAACUUUGUACAAAUGAGAAUAGAGCUCUUCGUUUUCUUAUAGGAAACACUCAUAUAGAUAUAUAUAUAUCUCUGGGCAUUGUUUGGGAUACUGGUUUUUCAAUUUAUUGAAUUUCAGAGGUGGUUGUGAGUUGUUUCACUGAGAAAACUAUGUUUUCACAGAUUGAGGGGCUCUUUUAUGGUUUUAUACAGUUCUGAGCUUCUGGGUUCUUUCAAUUGAGUGUCCCUUUGGUCUGUGUACAAUUUAUUUAGGGACUUGGUUCGUUGGUAUAUUUAGCUCUAGUGUCUGGUGAAAGGGGUUAUAUAUCAGCAUUUUUUUUUUCGCUGAGAAGUUGGAAGUCUAGUUGGAAGUUUGAGGUACCGUUGAGGUUUCUUAGAGGAGGCUGUGGUUUAGAAGAUUUAAUAUUUGGAUUGAGAUAGGAAAGUUGGAUCUGCUGUAGCAUCGGUGACUGGCCUGUGAUCAUUUGAAUUUUCAUAUUGGAGUGUGUUAGUAAUAGCAGCAGCAUAGGGUUUUUUGUUUCCUUUAAUGUCUUUUUAAGUUUUUGUGAGCCUUUUGUUUCUUGAUUGAAGCUGAAACUUUUGGAAUAAGGUUUGUUAAGUGGAAAAAUGAGUAUAGCAUGAUGAACGGGCCUGUAAGGGGUGUUUGUAGAUGGAUUCUCCUGACAAGACAUUUUCUGAGCUAGUUGGGACAUUGAAAUCGUGGAUCCCUUGGCGAUCUGAGCCACCAACAGUGUCAAGGGAUUUUUGGAUGCCCGAUCAGAGCUGUAGAGUAUGCUAUGAGUGUGAUUCUCAAUUCACAAUAAUUAACCGUAGACACCAUUGUCGACUUUGUGGUCGUGUUUUCUGUGCCAAGUGUACAGCCAACUCAGUUCCUGCAUCAUCUAGUGAUCAAAGGACUCCACCGGAAGAGUGGGAAAAAAUUCGGGUAUGUAAUUAUUGUUUCAAACAAUGGCAGCAGAGGAUAGCUACUUUUGAUAAUGGAAUCCAGGUUCCUAGCCUGGAUCUUAGUAGUUCACCAUCAGCAGCAAGUUUGGCCAGCUCUAAAUCUAGUGGCACUGCUAACAGUAGUACCUUCACUCUUGGCUCGAUGCCAUACUCAGUUGGGCCGUAUAAACGAGCUCAACAAAUUGCAGUUCACAGCCCCCGUCAAACAUCUGAAAUGGAAACAAAUUCAUCAGAUAAGCAAAGAGCAGUAGCAUUUGGAAGGAGCAAUGGCCUUGUUUCAGACAUCGACUAUCAAUCUCCAAACCAAUAUGCAUUUUCCAUGAAUAGAAGUGAUGAUGAUGAUGAUGACUAUGGUGUUUUUCGCUCUGAUUCUGAAAUGAGGCAUUUUCCGCAAAGUGAGUAUUCCCAAAGUGAGUAUUUUCACCAAGUUGAGUUCGAUGACAUAAGCAAUGAUGAGGGAUCACAUAAAGCUCAUCUUGAUGGAGAAAAUGUUGACUCAAAAAGUUCAAGCUGCUCUCCGGUGAACCAUGGUUUUGGCUCACAUGAUCUGGAAGGAAUGACCCAGCAUGGGAAAAAACAAGGGGUUGACAUGGAUGAUGAAUGUGAAGCACCUUCCUCCAUGUAUCCUGGGGAGAAUGGCAAUGCUGAACCUGUGGAUUUUGAGAACAAUGGACUGCUCUGGCUUCCCCCUGAACCAGAAGUUGAAGAAGAUGAGAGGGAAGCUGGUUUCUUUGAUGAUGAUGAGGACGGCGAUGAUGUGCAUGAAGCUGGGGAAUGGGGACGUUUAUGCACCUCAAACAGUUUUGGAAGUGGAGAAUUCCGUAGUAGAGAUAAGCCAGGUGAGGAGCACAAGAAGGCUAUGAAGAAUGUGGUUGAUGGGCAUUUCAGGGCUUUGGUAGCUCAGCUAUUGCAGGUUGAGAAUAUUCCUGUAGGCGAUGAAGAUGAUAAAGAAAGUUGGUUGGAAAUCAUUACAUCUCUGUCAUGGGAGGCAGCUACACUGCUAAAACCAGAUAUGAGCAAAAGUGGAGGAAUGGACCCUGGUGGAUAUGUGAAAGUAAAAUGCAUUGCUUCUGGACGCCGCUGUGAGAGUAUGGUGGUCAGAGGAGUUGUUUGUAAGAAAAAUGUGGCUCACCGCCGAAUGACAUCAAAAAUAGAGAGACCUCGCUUGUUGAUCCUUGGAGGGGCUCUUGAGUAUCAACGGGUUUCUAACCACUUAUCUAGUUUUGAUACUCUGCUACAGCAGGAAAUGGACCAUCUUAAGAUGGCUGUGGCUAGGAUAGAUGCUCACCAACCUGAUGUCCUCUUAGUAGAGAAAUCAGUUUCAAGAUUUGCACAGGAGUACCUUCUUGCUAAAGACAUAUCUCUCGUUCUCAAUAUCAAGAGACCACUUUUAGAGCGCAUAGCCCGUUGCACUGGUGCUCAAAUAGUUCCUUCAAUCGAUCAUCUCUCUUCCCCAAAAUUGGGCUACUGUGAUAUGUUUCAUGUUGAGAAAUUUUUGGAAGAUCUUGGUACUGCUGGGCAGGGUGGAAAAAAACUGGUGAAGACAUUGAUGUUCUUGGAGGGCUGCCCAAGGCCACUGGGUUUUACUAUAUUACUUAGAGGUGCUAAUGGGGAUGAGUUAAAGAAAGUGAAAGAUGUUGUCCAAUAUGGAGUUUUUGCAGCAUAUCACCUGGCUCUGGAGACGUCUUUUCUUGCUGAUGAAGGAGCAUCUCUACCAGAAUUCCCUCUGAAAUCUCCAAUAACAGUGGCACUCCCAGAGAAACCUUCAAGUAUUGAGAGAUCUAUAUCAACUGUUCCUGGUUUCACUAUUCCUGCCAAUGAAAAGCCUCAGGGACUGCACACAAGUAGUGAACCCCAAAUAUCUAACAGCGUUCCUAUUGCAUAUAGUGACUCAACAAUCAGCAGUUCUUCUAUCGAUCAAGUUGAAAGGCAACCACUAACUGAUGGUCAUAGCUCUCAAUCCACAGCACUCAAUUUGUCUGACUCUGGCAUCAAUUCAGCUGCAUUUCUUUCUACUGUUCCUUCUAGAGUGAAAGACAUUUCAGAUUCUUACUGUACUUAUGAGCAGAAAAUUAAAAUGGGAUCUGGAGGUUCUGCAGUAGCAGAAAUAACUCCUGUUAACAACAAGGUGACUGUCAUGGGUGAUCAUCUUACAGUUAAUGGCUUUGAGCAUUCAGAAGGUAUUAUUUCAAAUAAUUCCCCAGACCAUCUCAGUGAAGUGGUUCCUACUUUAUCACACAGCUCAGAGGUAUCAUCUUCACAACAGGAUAAUAAAAGUAAUCUUGAGGAGCCUGGACUUCUAAAAGAAGAAUUUCCUCCAUCACCUUCAGAUCAUCAGAGCAUUUUGGUUUCUUUGUCUUCCCGUUGUGUAUGGAAGGGGACUGUCUGUGAAAGGUCUCAUCUUUUUCGAAUUAAAUACUACGGUAGCUUUGACAAACCAUUGGGUCGGUUUUUGCGAGACCACUUAUUCGAUAAUGGUUACACAUGCAGUUCUUGUGAGAUGCCAUCAGAAGCGCAUGUUCAUUGUUACACUCAUCGACAAGGCACUCUGACUAUAUCUGUUAAGAAGCUAUCAGAAAUACUCUUACCUGGUGAAAAGGAUGGAAAGAUCUGGAUGUGGCAUAGAUGCCUGAGGUGCCCCCGUACCAAUGGUUUUCCUCCAGCUACUCGGAGAGUAGUGAUGUCUGAUGCUGCUUGGGGUUUAUCUUUUGGGAAAUUUUUGGAGCUUAGUUUUUCAAACCAUGCAGCUGCAAGCAGGGUGGCAAGUUGUGGUCAUUCUUUGCAUAGGGAUUGUCUUCGAUUCUAUGGAUUUGGGAACAUGGUUGCUUGUUUUCGUUAUGCAACAAUUGAUGUUCUCUCCGUGUACCUUCCACCCUCAAAACUUGAUUUUAACUUUGAGAACCAGGAAUGGAUACAGAAAGAAACAGUUGAGGUUGUAAACAAAGCAGAGCUUCUAUUUUCUGAAGUACUCAAUGGUUUGAGUCAAAUUGCAGAGAAAAGAUGUGCAGCGCCACCAAACAAUGGCACGAAACUACCUGAAUCAAGACGCCAAAUUGGAGAACUUGAAGCCAUGUUAAAAAGGGAGAAGGCAGAAUUCGAGGAGUUACUCCAAAAAGUUUUGAACACAGAAGCAAAAAAAGGUCAGCCUGUUAUUGACGUUUUUGAGAUCAACAAAUUGCGGCGGCAGUUGCUUUUUCAAUCUUACAUGUGGGACCACCGCCUAGUUUAUGCAGCCAGUUUAGAUAACAGUCUUCAGGAUGAUUUGAAUUGGUCAAGUUCCAGACCUGUGGAAAAACCCAUAGCUAAUACCGAGCAGCUCAAUGAGAUGGAUGUGAAUGACAAGCCAGGAAAGGGUUUUAAUAGCUAUGACUCUCUCCCUGUCGAUACAACAUUACUUAAAAUCCCUGGUCAACAAGUAGGACUUAGCAGUAAUCCUGACCAGUCUGACACAGCCCAUGAAACAGAUAAGAGUCAAGGUUCUAAUCACGGAAAGGAAGACCAAUCUGAGGUUUCAGUUGUCAUUCCCAUCAGUGAUCAACCCAGUGGCCUGGAAUUUAGUGGAAAUGUUCUCAGGACCCUUUCUGAGGGACAGGUUCCUGUAAUGUCCGAUUUAUCUGAUACCCUUGAUGCUGCAUGGACAGGAGAGAAUCUCCUAGGAAUUGGAAUUUCAAAGGAUGAUGCCAAUGUACUUUCUGAUUCAGCUAUGGCAGAUUUCUCAACCACAUCUACAUUGCCGGAAGGGUUGGAUUUGUACAAUCGAGUGGAAGACCAAAAUGGGCCCAAAGUCAGUUAUUCACCUUCACAUGCAUUGUCCACCAAAGGCUCUGAUAAUAUGGAAGAUUCUGUAAGCUACUUAAGAAUGCCCUUCUUAAACUUUUAUCGCACGAUGAACAAGAAUUUUGUGGCAAACACCGAGAAGCUUGAUAUAGGGGGCGAGUAUAAUCCAGUCUAUGUUUCAUCCUUUAGGCAGUUGGAACUCCAGGGUGGGGCUAGGCUCCUUCUGCCUGUGGGUGUGAAUGACUCUGUCAUUCCUGUAUAUGAUGAUGAGCCUACGAGCAUUGUAUCUUAUGCACUACUAUCGCCAAAGUAUCAUGGCCAACUGACUGAUGAUGGGGAUGUAAGUUCUUCCUUAUCUGACCCCAUGACUUCUCACUCUUUCCACAGUGUUGAUGAAGUCACCAUGGAUCCUCACAGAAGCCAUGGGUCUACAGAAGAGAGUAUCUUGUCCAUACAUGGAUCUCGUAGCCCUUUGCUUUCAGACCCACUCUUUCACACAAAAGCUAUGCAUGCCAGAAUUUCUUUUGGAGAUGAAGGCCCACAGGGUAAGGUGAAAUAUUCUGUGACUUGUUACUGUGCGAAACGGUUUGAAGCAUUGAGAAGGAUAUGUUGCCCAUCUGAGCUUGAUUUUAUAAGGUCUCUCAGUCGUUGUAAGAAGUGGGGAGCUCAAGGUGGCAAGAGUAAUGUCUUUUUUGCGAAGACCUUGGAUGAUCGGUUUAUCAUUAAACAAGUCACUAAGACAGAAUUGGAGUCAUUUAUAAAAUUUGCUCCUGAAUAUUUCAAGUACCUCUCUGAUUCAAUUAGCUCCAGAAGUCCAACAUGCUUGGCAAAAAUUUUGGGGAUCUAUCAGGUUGCAUCAAAGCAUUUGAAAGGUGGGAAAGAAUCAAAAAUGGAUGUUUUGAUCAUGGAGAAUCUUCUGUUCGGAAGGAACGUGACCCGCCUUUAUGAUCUUAAAGGAUCUUCCAGAUCACGAUAUAAUCCUGAUUCUAGUGGGAGCAACAAAGUUCUGUUAGAUCAGAACUUGAUUGAAGCAAUGCCAACUUCUCCUAUUUUUGUUGGAAACAAGGCAAAGCGGUUGCUGGAGAGAGCUGUCUGGAAUGAUACUUCUUUUCUUGCAUCUAUUGAUGUGAUGGAUUACUCAUUGUUGGUUGGGGUGGAUGAAGAGAAAAAUGAAUUAGUUCUUGGAAUCAUUGAUUUCAUGAGACAAUACACGUGGGACAAACACCUGGAAACAUGGGUGAAAGCUUCAGGCAUACUUGGUGGGCCACGAAACUCAUCCCCAACUGUUAUUUCGCCAAAGCAAUACAAAAAAAGGUUCAGGAAAGCAAUGACUGCAUAUUUUCUGAUGGUCCCAGAUCAGUGGUCACCUCCCACUAUCAUUCCAAGUAAAUCCCAGUCAGAUUUGUGUGAAGAGAACUCACAAGGCGGAACUGCAGUUGAAUGAUACUGGGAGUCUGUAAGCUUGUACAUUGCAUAUGCACUUUGGGACAAUUAGUCCCACAUGAUUUUUCCCAUGUUCAUAUAUUUUCCUUGUAUUCCUAUUCUUUUUUUUUUCAGAAUAUAGGAAUUAUAUUUGUAUGUUAAAGAAAGAAAAGUUCAUAAUUAUUUGUUAGGGAAGCAGAAGAAGGCUGUUGAAGCCGCAGGAAUUUCAGGAAGAGGUAUUAAUUUGGACGACCACUCCAUGAAAUAUCCGUGCAAUGUAUUUAUGCAUCUAUAUACAAUUGCAGUGUCUGAAUUUCGAGCGAAUUUUAUGUUUGAUAUUUUAGUUCUUA